AUGCCGUGGUGUUCGAAAAAAAAAAAAAACACAUCAAACCAAAGAAAGAAUUAUUUAAAUCAUAAAGAGAAAAAUGAUAACGAAGUAGUUGCAAUAUGUGAUAAUCAUGCAUCAAUAAUUAAUAUUAUAAAAAAAGGAAAUGAAUGUUAUCCAGAAUUAAACGAUAAAAAGAAUAACACAAUUAAAAAGGAGGUUGUUAAAAAAUCCAAUUUAUUAAAAUAUUAUGAAAAAAAUGUUUUAAAAGAUUAUCCCAAAAUAAAAAGUUGUGAAAAUGUGGUGAAAAAAAUGAAUGCUUUAAAAUUAAAAAAUGAAAUGAAAAGAGAAAUAAAAAAUGAAGUGAAAAGGGAAAUACAAAAUGAAGUGAAAAGAGAAAUACAAAAAGAUAUUCCUAAAGAUGUAAAGUUAGAUAAAAAUAACGAUACUGAAGAAAAGAAUAAGUUUGAAUAUUUUUCAAAGUUAAAUGCAAAAAAUAAAUUUAAAGUGUUAAAUGAAAUAGAAAAACAAAUUAAUGAUUAUAAAAAACAUGAAGUUUCUGAUAUUUAUGAUGAUUUAGCAUUUAUAAAUAUAUAUAAAUUAACUCAUAAAAAUAUGUAUGCUAUAUUAGAUCAAGAAAAUAAAAAUGUGAAUUAUUAUAAUUGUAACGAAAUUUUAGAAAUGAUCUUAAAUAAUAAAUUACACAAAUAUAGUUUAAUAAAAACUAAAACAGAAGAUCAAUAUGUUUAUUUGGAAAAUAAAAUAAAAGAAAUUCAAUUUUUAAAAAAUUUUGAACUACAAUAUUAUUUAAAAAUAAAAAAUAAAAAAUAUUCUAUGAAAUCUGAAUAUGAAAAAGAGUAUAGUAAAGAAAAUGCAAUAUUUUUAGAAUUAAAUAAAUCAUUAUUAUCUGAAAAAAUAAAAUCCUUAAAAAAUUUUGUUAUAUCUCCUUAUGAUAAAGAUGUUGUUGAAAUAAUUUUAGUACCAAAUAAAAAAAAUAGCGAAAAUUUUGGUGGAUAUCAUAGAAUAUUUUCUAAUUUAUUUAUAACAAAAUAUAUUUCAUCAUAUUUUUAUCAUAUAAUUGAAAAAAAAAUUGAAAAACAUAAUUUAGUGAAAAAAACAAAUAAUAUUCAUGUACGAAUGAAAUUAAAGACAGAUUAUCCACAAGCAAUAAAAAACAUUUUUAGAUAUAUAUAUGAUAAAAAUUUUAGAUUACAAGAUCUUGAUUUUAAAUUAUUAAUAACUAUUUAUAUAGAAUGUAAAAAUUUAAAAAUAGAUGGUAUUAUAGAUGAUGCUAUUAAUGCAAUUAGAGAAAAAACUAAUUUUGAAAAUAUUAUAAAAAUAUUAGAAGUAUGGCAAAUUUUUAAAGAAACGGAAAUGGUAAAAGAUUUCUCUCGUAUAUUAUCUGACUCGUGGUUUCUGAUUUUUUCAGAAAAGUACCACUAUUUACUAGAUGCAGAAACGUUCAGCCAUUUUAUUAGCUUCGACAACAUAAUGAUAAACGAAAUGAGGAUAUUUAUUGAGGCGAUAAAAUUUAUAAUUAAAAACAAUUGUAAUUUGGAAGAACAGGAAAUUAUUUUCAAAAAUGUUAGAUUCGGUUUGUUAAGCCAUGAAAAUCUGUAUAAUAUGCAUAAAUAUAUAAAAAAUAGUUUUGAUGAUAUUAUACAUAAUAAAUAUGAUGGAACGAAUUUUAUUUGUAUGAGAUAUGAAGACAAUAAAACUCGAAAAAAAUAUGAUGAAGAAGAAAUAAAUGAAAAAAAAGACAAUGAUGUUGAUAUUACAACUGAUAAAAAAAAAGAAAAUGAUGUUGAUAUUACAACUGAUAAAAAAAAAGAAAAUGAUGUUGAUAUUACAACUGAUAAAAAAAAAGAAAAUGAUGUUGAUAUUAUAACUGAUGAAAAAAAUGAUUCAUUUAAUACAUCUUUUUCUGAAGAAAUUAAAAAUUUAAAUGAAUUUUAUAAAAUAAUAAAUAUGGAAGCUUUUGAACCUCCUUAUAUAGAAAAAAAAAAUAUAAAUAUAUCAUUGAAAAAUGUCACAAAAUGUAUAAAUAAUAUUUAUAGUAUAUUAUUUGAUAAUAUUUUUAAAAAACUGUUAAAUAAAGAUGAAGUAAAAGAAAGAUAUAAACCAUGGAAUGAAAAUCAAUUUUUUCAAUGUGUAAAUAAUUCAGCUAAUGAAAAUUAUUCUUUUCAAUUAAUUAAAAAAAAAAAUAAAGUAGAUAAAUAUUCUUUUACAUAUGGAGAUGAAAGAUUAAUAAAUGAAUGUCGAUAUUGUUUUAAAAUAAUAAAAAGUAAAAAUAGUAACAUAUCUAUUGGUAUUAUAUUAAAAAUUGAAGAAUUAAAUAUGACAAAUCAUACAAAUUUUAAAAUACCAAAAGUAUUAAUUGAAGGUAAUGAAGAAUUAGUAAUUUAUUUUGAUUUUUUUGUCAAUGAUUUUUAUAUUUGUAAUAUAAAUGAAAAUGAUGAUUCUAAAUUAUUGAAUAAAACCAAAUUGAAUAUACAUGCACAUGAAAAUAAACUAACAGACAAUGAUAUAAUUAAUUAUAAUAUUGCGGUUAUAAAUCAAAUUCUUAACAUAGACAUAAUAAUAUUACCAAAAAAUAUUACUUUUAAAUAUUCUUUCCCUAUUUUGAAACCAAUUACAUAUUUAGGGGAAAUAAUAAAAAUGCCAUUUAUUAAUAUAAAACCCUUUUUUAUAUUUAAAGAUUCAUUAGAUUCAAUUAUUAUGCCAUCUAUCAAAAUUUAA